UUUCCCCGCUUGGCGUCCGGUGGGCGCCGCGGCGGUUCGGGAGGGAUUUCGGGAUCAGGGCCCAGGCGGGCGCGGGAGAGAUGUCGGGGCUGCUGCACACCACGCUCAGCGGGCUCAACAGCGACUCCUACUGCGAGAUCAGCCAGUACCGCGACCAGCACUUCCGGGGUAGCAGGCAGCUGCAAGAAAAAUCCCUGAAGAUCUCCUCUACGCUGUAUGUUGGCAACCUGUCCUUCUACACCACCGAGGAGCAGAUCCAGGAGCUCUUCUCCAAGUGUGGAGACGUCAAGAGGAUUGUUAUGGGGCUGGACAAGAUUAAGAAAACCCCCUGUGGCUUCUGCUUUGUCGAGUACUACACCAGAGCAGACGCCGAGCACGCCAUGCGGUUCAUUAAUGGCACGCGGCUGGAUGACCGGAUCAUCCGGACUGACUGGGAUGCAGGGUUUAAGGAGGGGAGACAGUAUGGAAGAGGGAAAACUGGAGGCCAGGUGCGAGACGAGUACCGGACAGACUACGACGUGGGAAGAGGUGGCUUUGGCAAGAUCAUUCAGAUGCAGAAGGCAAAUCAUCAGCCUGCCAUCUAUUAAUUGCCUCGUGGGUCCUAGCUCAUAGAGGGCUCUGUCCUUCCAGAGCUAGCCCUGUUCUUGCAUUUUGGAUUGGGGUAGGGAGUGAGAUCCAAGUUCCAGCAGAAGUGACCCUCCUUAGACUGUGGAUAUACAUGUAUUCAUUCCCCCUUCCUUCUGGGCUAGAGAAGAUGUUCUGUGCUGAUACAGGGCAACAAAGAGAAAAAAAAAUGGACGUCUCUGCAGGAUUCUGGGUAAGAAGAAGUGCAGCAUGUCACACACAGCUUGUGCUCUGACAUUCUUCAGGGGGCUCCCUCCAGCUGUGGUUGCUCUCAAAUGGACCUUCUUAAAAGCUUAGCACCACCGGAGCCCUCCAAGUGCCUGGGCACCUUGUGGGGAUGCACAAGAGAUUCAGGUUUUUAAUUUACAACCUCAUCUGCUCACAAAGCAGUAUCACUGUUUGGAUGAGAGAAGUGGAACAAGGUCUUAUCAUCCACUUGGAGGUGCUUGUCUGCACAUCUAGCCCUUGGGUUGGUCAGGGCCUUCAGAGCAUUUUUCUUCAUGAUGCCCCCAGUGCUGCCUGGCUUUUCAGAUCCUCACUGUUCAGCGUGAUUUUGUUAAAAGUGUCUUACAAUUUUUUUAAUAAACAGUUGUAUUUGGUCUGGC